GCGGAACGAACCUGCAUAUGGCCGACAUUCAGUUUAUGUUUAUGUCAAUAAGGAACUGAUUUUCGUUUGCGCGGGUGAGGAUUUAUUAAAAAUCUGUGAAACAUAAUGUGUUAGUGAUUUUGUGAAUUGUGAGAUUAUAUGUGAUAAUGGUUUUCAUUGGUGGACUUACAAGCAACUUCAUUUUUUCUGUGGAUAUAUAAAGACUUUUGGUUGCUGUCUCUCGGGCUUCAUCAUGCACUCCGAGAUCCCACCCGCGCAGGCGCACUCCGGCGCCGGUAAAAUGCGAGAGCGGCGACGCGCGCGACACCGCACUACCGCUCUUGUCAUCGCAUGUCUACUCUUCUUGACCUCCCAAGUCGACGCAUCUGACGAAGAAGAAGUGAUUGAAGUAACAACAACGACGCCAAUAAUAAUAGUGACUCAAGUGCCCCUAGUGGGAAUACCGACAGUCAACACCUCCAGUAAUGUGAUACAGUAUUUGACACAUCCACCGGAAAUUACCAUAAGGCCUCGGAAUUUGCAAGUCCGAGCUAACGGCAUCGCUGCUUUUUACUGCGCCGCCCGGGGCGACCCCAAGCCGAAUAUACAGUGGAGGAAGAACGGAAAGAGAGUUUCAAGCAUGCAAUCACGUUAUCAAGUAUCUGGGAUGGACAAAGCGGCAGGUCCCGCUGCAAAUGGAGCUGUUUUACGCAUAGAACCUGUGCGUGCGCAGCGUGAUGACGCAACUUAUGAAUGCGUCGCUGAAAAUGGCGUAGGUGAUGCUGUGACUGCACUGGCGACCCUUACCGUCUUUGAAACUGAGAAAACACCCCCCGGAUUCCCGUCGAUAUCGCCCCCAUCAACGACCCUGGUGGUUGAAGUUGGUCACAUCGCAACACUGCCCUGUCAGGCGACAGGAACCCCGCCCCCGAAAGUGCGGUGGCUCUUCAACUCGCUACCACUGGACGUCGCUUCGAAUCCCAGAUACGGCAUCUUAAAUGAUAACAUGCAUGGUACCCUGCAAAUAGUGAAGAGUGAGGAGGAAGAUCAGGGCAAGUACGAGUGCGUGGCUGAGAAUUCCAUCGGUACUGAGUUCUCGAAACCCACUUCGUUGUAUGUAAAAGUGAGACGAGUCGCCCCACAGUUCUCGAUUCCGCCUCCCCCUCGGACCGAAGUGAUGCUGGGCGGGAAUCUAACGUUGAAGUGUGUUGCCGUCGGUUCGCCUAUGCCUACUGUUAAAUGGAGAAAAGGUUUGACAAAAUGGCUGACGCCCGAAGACAACCCUCCGUUAGGUAUAAACACGUUGAAAUUAGAGGAUAUCAGGGAAUCUGCGAACUACACGUGCGAAGCGGCCAGUGUUCUCGGAGUUAUUGACGCAACUGCUGAGGUCAAAGUUCAAUCGUUACCCGGACCGCCUAUGGAAGUGAGGGCGUCCGAGAUCACGGCAACUACAGUGCGUCUGGCGUGGACAUAUAACGGGCCUGAAGAACCACAAUACUACGUCAUACAAUAUAAACCUAAAUAUGCUAACCAGGCAUUCAGUGAAAUAUCGGGUGUGAUAACUCAGUACUACUCUGUGACGAAUCUAUCGCCGUACACUGAGUAUGAGAUGUAUGUGAUUGCUGUGAACAAUAUCGGUCGAGGCCCGGCGUCGGAACCCGCGGUUAUUACAACUGGAGAAACUGUGGAUUCAUUAUAUGGAGGUGCCAAACCCGGGUCAGCCCCUCGCAAUGUCCAAGUUCGACCAUUGAGCUCCAGCACCAUGGUCAUUCAAUGGGAUGAACCGGAGACUCCUAACGGUCAAGUAACGGGAUAUAAGGUUUAUUAUACGUCGGAUCCCUCGCAAUCUCUACAAUCGUGGCAUUCGCAAAUGAUGGAUAAUAAUCACUUGACAACGAUCAGCGAAUUGACCCCACACACAGUGUAUACGAUACGAGUCCAGGCAUUCACGUCCGUUGGUCCUGGACCCAUAUCUGCACCUGUUCAAGUCAAAACUCAGCAAGGUGUACCGUCCCAACCUUCGAACCUUGUGGUGGUAGAAGCGGGAGAGACAUCAGUCACAUUGUCUUGGCGAAGACCGACUCACGCGGGUGACAACAUUGUCUCCUACGAGCUGUAUUGGAACGACACAUAUGCGAAGGAACAUCAUAAGAAGCGGAUACCGAUAACAGAGACCUACACCCUCAACGGCCUGUACCCGAAUACAUUAUACUACAUCUGGUUGGCCGCGAGGUCCCAAAGGGGCGAAGGCGCCACAACGCCACCUAUAGCAGUCCGGACAAAACAAUACGUUCCCGGAGCGCCACCUAUGAAUGUGACGGCUGUGGCGAUUUCGCCGACUGCGAUUCGGGUGUCAUGGCAACCGCCGCCGGCCGAAAGGGCCAAUGGGAGAAUUGCUUACUACAAACUUCUUUGUGUGGAGUCUGGGAGGGGGGAUAGCGAGGCCAUGGUGGUGAAAUUGAACCAAUCCACGUUUGUACUGGACGAGCUGAGGCGAUGGACGGAAUAUCGCAUCUGGAUCCUGGCCGGGACCAGCGUUGGAGACGGACCGGCCUCAUACCCUGUCACAGUGCGCACACACGAAGACGCUAUAAAGAUGCCUGGGGAACCGCAAGAUGUCAAAGUAAACGCCAUCAACUCCACGUCCAUUCACGUGACUUGGAAGCCGCCUCAAGAAAAAGACAAGAAUGGCAUCAUCCGAGGCUAUCAUGUCCAUGUGCAAGAAGUUAAAGAAGAGGGGAAAGGCUUUCUUAACGAUCCAAUGCGUUUCAAUGUUAUGGAUGACACUACAUUGGAGUUGAACGUUUCUGGCUUGCAACCCGAUACUAGAUAUAACGUCCAAGUAGCAGCUCUUACCAGAAAAGGUGAUGGUGAUAGAAGUCCGCCCGUAUCAGUUAAAACACCGGGUGGAGUACCCAAUAGACCUACCGUAAAUCUAAAGAUUUUAGAACGAGACCCUAUAGUAUCAAUAGAAAUAGAAUGGGCUAAACCCACACAAACUUAUGGCGAUCUCUUAGGCUUCAGGUUGAGAUAUGGAAUCAAGGAUCAACCUUUAGAGGAAAUUAACUUUUCUGGUACUAAAGUAAAUUCACAUAGAAUUAACGAUUUGGAAAGAGGUGUGCAAUACGAGUUUCGUGUAGCUGGUAGAAAUCCCAUAGGUAUUGGACAGGAAGCUAUAAAAUAUUGGCUUACACCAGAAGGUGCACCUAAAGGGCCACCAACGAAUGUAACUUAUCAUUUCCAAACGCCGGACAUCAUAAGUAUUACAUGGGAAACCCCAAUAAGAGCAGAUAGGAGUGGGCAGAUACGAAAGUACGACGUGCAAUUUUACAAAAAAGGCGAUCAAGCGUCACUCAUUGAAAGGACCACAGAACUAACUAAAGCCGUGUUUACCGGUUUAGAAGAGGAUGCCCAUUAUGUGUUCAAAGUUAGAGCGUAUACGGAUCAAGGAGUGGGACCAUACAGUAAGGAUAUAACUGCCCAUACAGAACGAGAUAUAGGUAGAGCACCUAUGUCUGUUAAAGCGGUGGCUACUUCUGAAUCUGGCAUAGAAGUUUGGUGGGAAACUGUUCCAUCGAGGAAGAAAGUAAUCGGUUAUGUUAUAUUCUAUACAAUGACACCCGUAGAAGAUUUGGAUGAGUGGCAGCAAAAAACAGUUCAUGUGACGCAUUCAACCGACUUAGAAAAUUUAGAAAAAUUCGCUGAAUAUGCUAUUGCUGUCGCAGCAAAACUGUCUGAUGGUUUGGGAAGGUUAUCCGAAAAGAUAAAGGUAAAAGUAAGACCAGAAGAAGUGCCAUUACAUUUAAGAGCUCAAGACGUGUCCACCCAUUCUAUGACUCUGUCUUGGUCCCCGCCCUUACGAUUAAAUCCCGUUAGUUAUAAGAUUUCAUAUAAUGCUAUAAAGGAGUUUGUCGAUUCUGUAGGCAUGACGCAAACACAAGAAAUUCCCAAAAGAGAAAUUGUUGUAAAACAUGAUCGAACAUCAUAUUCUAUUAAUGAUCUUUCGCCAUUUACAACGUACUAUGUUAACAUAAGUGCCAUUCCUAAUGACAAGUCCUAUCGACCACCGACCAAAAUCACAGUCACAACUCAAAUGGCAGCUCCAAAACCAAUGGUUAAACCAGACUUUUACGGUGUUGUUGAAAACGAAAUACUUGUUAUACUACCUCAAGCUUCCGAAGAGUAUGGACCCAUUUCACACUACUAUGUGGUUGUCGUGCCGGAUGAUAAAGCACACAAUCAUAAAAAUCCCGAUCAAUUUUUGACUGAAAAUUUAAUUAAGAAUAACGCUAGAACUGAUGACGAAAACGCACCAUAUAUUGCCGCUAAAUUCAUACAAAGGACUAUCUUAUACACGUUCCAUCUUGGCAAUGAUGAAAUGUACGAAGGAUUUCUUAAUAGAAAGCUUCACCAAAAGAAGAAAUACAGAGUUUUUGUUAGAGCGGUCGUUGACACCCCGCAGAAACAUCUUUACACAUCUAGCCCAUUUUCCGAAUAUUUAUCACUUGAUAUGCGAGAAGCUCCCCCAGGUGAAGAACCAAGCAGACCGGAUCCUAAGGAUAUCAAUGGUGAUCCAGAAAUAAGAAUAGAAGAAAACAGAAAAGAAGCAGGCAUGGUAUGGGUUGUUGGACCAAUAAUAGCAGCGCUUAUGUUAUCACUAUGUUUAGUAUUGUUAUUUAUUGUAAAGAGAAGAAGACAACCGUGCAAAACUCCCGACCAAGCUGCCGUUACAAGACCGCUAAUGUCCGCCGACAUAGGGUUUGGUGCACCGUCAGAUCCUGUGGAAAUGAGAAGGCUUAACUUCCAAACACCAGCUAUGAUAUCCCAUCCUCCGAUUCCUAUUUCUGAGUUAUCUGAGCAUAUUGACAGAUUGAAGUCGAAUGAUAAUCUUAAGUUUUCUCAAGAAUACGAAAGCAUAGAACCUGGUCAGCAAUUUACUUGGGAUCACUCUAAUAUGGAGGUUAACAAACCGAAAAACCGCUACGCCAAUGUCAUUGCUUAUGACCACAGUCGCGUCAUUCUUCAACCGAUCGAUGGGAUUCUUGGCAGUGACUACAUUAACGCUAACUACUGCGACGGUUAUCGAAAACAUAACGCCUAUGUUGCUACACAAGGACCUUUGCAAGAAACAUUUGCAGAUUUCUGGCGAAUGUGUUGGGAAUUACGAACUUCUACUAUUGUCAUGAUGACAAAACUUGAAGAGAGAACUAGAAUCAAGUGCGAUCAGUAUUGGCCAAGCCGAGGAAGUGAAUCUUACGGAAUGAUGACCGUGACUAUUGCUGAAGUCCAGGAGUUGGCAACGUACUGCAUUCGUACCUUCCAAUUGACUAGAAACGGUGGAGCUGAACGGCGAGAAGUCAAGCAGCUACAGUUUACAGCGUGGCCUGAUCAUGGCGUUCCCGACCACCCAGCUCCAUUCUUACAAUUCCUGCGACGUGUAAGAGCUUUGAACCCGCCUGAUGCUGGACCGCUCGUCGUCCAUUGCUCCGCUGGUGUAGGCCGUACCGGCUGCUUCAUCGUAAUUGAUUCAAUGCUAGAAAGAGCCCGACACGAACGCACGGUGGAUAUCUACGGCCAUGUGACCUGCUUACGCGCGCAACGCAACUACAUGGUGCAAACUGAAGACCAAUACAUUUUCAUCCACGACGCUUUACUCGAAGCUGUGAUCUGCGGUGAUACAGAGGUACCAGCGCGGAACCUGCACUCACACAUUCAGAAGCUGAUGCGUAUCGAUUCUAUUGAAAAUAUAACUGGGAUGGAACUGGAGUUUAAGAAAUUGGCUAACAUGAAAGCCGAUUCUAGCCGUUUUGUUUCGGCAAGUCUACCGUGCAAUAAGCAUAAGAAUAGGCUGGUGCACAUUCUGCCGUACGAGUCGACUCGUGUGUGCUUGACACCUCGCGAUGGCUCCGACUAUAUCAACGCUUCGUUCGUGGAUGGAUAUAGGUACAGGGCUGCUUAUAUUGCAACUCAGGGCCCUCUGCCUGACACAACGGAUGACUUCUGGCGUAUGCUAUGGGAACACAACUCUACAAUUAUAGUGAUGCUGACGAAGUUGAAAGAAAUGGGACGGGAAAAAUGUCACCAAUACUGGCCAUCGGACCGGUCUGUCCGCUAUCAGUGCUUUGUCGUUGAUCCAAUUGCUGAAUACAAUAUGCCUCAAUACAUCUUGAGGGAAUUCAAGGUAACAGACGCACGCGACGGGGCAUCUCGAACAGUCCGCCAGUUCCAAUUCACCGAUUGGCCGGAACAGGGCGUGCCCAAGAGUGGGGAAGGCUUCAUAGACUUCUUGGGGCAAGUUCAUAAAACCAAGGAACAGUUUGGUCAAGACGGGCCUAUUACCGUACAUUGCAGUGCUGGUGUUGGUCGUACUGGCGUUUUUAUAACGCUGUCGACAGUGCUGGAACGUAUGCAGUACGAAGGGGUCGUCGACGUUUUCCAAACUGUACGCACUCUACGCACGCAGAGACCCGCCAUGGUGCAAACUGAGGACCAGUACGAAUUCUGCUACCGCGCUGCGCUGGAGUACCUCGGCUCCUUCGACCACUACGCCAACUGACGAUGAGACAUACUUGUCUAAGUCUCCAUCUUAAGACUCUCGGUUACGUGUCGUCCAUCAUUCAUACAAGUCGCGAUAUCUUUGCACCUCGCUUUCAAAACAUCAAAAACAUUUCAGUUUUUGAACAAUUAUUUUCACGAACCAUUCUGUAUCGUUAUUGUCUUUGAGCUAAGUGCAGAAAUAUCGUGCUCCAACAUCCAUCGUUCUUCAAUCAGAUCACACUUUUGUUAACAUAACAAUAAUUAAAUUCAUUUUAUAACCUAUUGCAAAUUACGUAAAUGUUAUUUAAAAAUAUUAUCACAUUACGGUUGAGCAACGAUUUUUCAAAGCCACAAGGACCGAAGAAGACAAUAAACUACACGACACGUUCCAUUUCACGAAAGCGACUUAAUGUUAAAAUAUGUAUAAUUAGAAUAGAUUCAAUGAGGCUUAUCGUCACUAAGUCGCUCCAACCGCUGUAUGGUUAAUGAGAGGCUAUUAUGUAUCAGUGCCUAGAAAAUGUUAAUACUUAUGAUAACUAUGACCACUAAUCAUGAUUAUGAGGGAAAGGGCAGAAGUGUAAGUUUGUGUACAACGUAUAUUCGCCAUACACUUUUAAAAUGUUCGAAAUAUAACCUUAUACCUCUAUCGACUUUAGGCUUUAUGCUGUUCGAUUGUAUCUGACCUAUCGACUAUUAUGGAAUUUUAUGCAUUUAUAUUAAAGUAUUUGGAAAAUCUAAUUAAAUUAACCGUAUAUUGAGCCGUGAACGAUUAUUUGCUAUAUUAGAGAAUUAAAUCCUAAUCAGUGCGCUUAGUGGUUUACGGGUUAUGAUAUUCUAAUCACAUUAUGCUGACGACUACUGAUGGUAUUACACAGACUUCAUCGGCCAGUAAACAAUAGAUAUCCCGCGAAUUAUUUUGUAACUUGACAGCUGUCAAUUGUCAUCGAUACAAACUUCAUAGUUCAAGCCCAUAGUAUAAAGAUUUAUAUUUUAAAUAGGUAUUAUAAAAGCCAUCAGCAGGCGCCGCGUCAUAUACGAUACAUUAUAUUAUAAAAUGUAUAAAUAGUUAUUGCAGCUGUAAUUAGAAGUUUAUUUUUCAUAUCGGGUGUUAAAGACGUUAAGUAGUGUAAAUUGUGGUAAUGUUUCAUUAAUGCAGUGUAACGAAAAACUUAGACGAAUCGGCUGUGUCGUGUGAAAUUAUGUCAUGUGCGUAGUGUAAUGUAAAUAGUUUUAAUUUUUUACAUAAAUCCUCUUUUGACUUGCCCAGUUCUUUUAUGUGAAACGUCACUGCCACUACGAGAAUAGACAGUGAUUAAUGACAUAUCUAACGUUAGGUAGAAAAUUGUUUCGGUGUGAUGUAAUGUUAUGAGUAGGUGUCGUUUAUCGACAUUAUGUGGCGUCUUAACUGUAACGUUUUAAUUAUUUCCUGCUUCUUAGCCACGAAACUCCUAUACUGUAAGCGUAGGUGUAGUAUUUCUUUAAUCCCUUCUAGUAUUUGUAAUUACGAUUUAGGUUUUUUCCACUCUUUUAUACAAUCUUACAUAAAUAUAUCUACGUAUAAGUUGAACUUGAGCUUCGAAACCUAGUGUACGAUGCAUUUGAUCACGUCGUUUCAAAUUAUCGACAACUGCCAAUCGUUUCCGGUAGCUAUAAAAUAUUGUAAUGUGGAAUAACUACGUAGAUUUUUAAAAUAUUGUUAUUGGAUAGUGAAAAUUUAAUACUCGUUGAUAAAUCGCGUUUCAAAGCUUCACGUUGGCUUAAAAGGGGCAGCUUUUUUAUUGACUUAUUCGGAAAAUCAGUAUUAUCAACAAUUUUUCAAAUGAUGCGUGUUGAAAAUGUUUUAG